AUGCCCUAUAUAAAUUUCCAAGUCAAGUUCAACAAUCCCUUUGGCGUCCCUUACGAACACCGCCUGUGGCGCUUUCAGGGUCAAGAUCCCGUCAUUUUGAUCCUCACCAGAGAGAACGGCGGUGAUGGUUACACCUUCUCAGCAAGCGGAGCUGUCAUGGACAACGACACCCGCGACGAGGAAAUCUACAUCAACAAUCUCGAACCUGAUAGCCGUCUGGGUGUGCCCUUGAAAUACGGGCUGUACAUCCUUUCGGACGCUCCGAACUCCCUCGCCAAAGAAUACCACCUCAUGCAGGAUCUGAUUGCGGAAGACCGUCGCAACAGAGCAGAGUUCAGGAGGAAAUUGCGCCUGGGUCUGGUGCAAAUGUUCACCAAGCUCAAGGGAAAGGUGGAGCACAUCAUUGCAGGGAAGCGGAAACACUGGAAAGUACCUGUAGCGCAAAUUCACAAGCAGAGUCUCGACGACGACGGUCGUCUGAGUGUGUCCCUCAAAUAUGCGUUCUACAUCCUCUCAGAUGCAUCAAAGACUCUCAAAAAGGAGUAUCCCCUCCUGCGAAGGAUGAUUGCGGAGGAUAAUCGCAACAGAGAGGUCUUCAGAAGAAAGUUGCGCUUGGGCCUUGUACAGAUGUUCAAAUGGCUCAUUAGCAAGGUCGAGGAGACCAUCGAGACCAAACGGGCGCGCUGGAAAGUGGGAAAACUGCGCGUCACCAUUCCAUUACAGUGGGACUUGAGGUUCGAGGAGCAAUACCGUUCGAUCCUAGCAGAAUCCUUUUGCACGCUGCGCGAACGAGAACAUUGGUGUAAAUUGAAGGACCGAGAUUGGAAUGAUAUCCCACGACGUAAGAAACAACUUAUCGGUAUCGAUUUGGGAUGUUCCGGAAGCCGUAUAACGGUAGUCUGUCCUAUCCUGCGCCAAUACGAUGAUCCCCACAACACCUUGGUCAGAGCUAUCCCUCCUUCCAAAAGAUUCAACAAUACUCCGUGGGGUUGGCAAGACUUCCCUGCUCACGGUUAUCCCUUCGACGAUGAUGCCCCGGCAUAUAUGACCUCAGUGUCAGAUGGCGCCAGUUUGAGCCCGUACCGCUGA